UCUUAACAUAGACAAUGCUAAAUCUUUUCCUUGCUUCCCAGCCAUGGUAUCAGUGAUUUGUUAAUCAAUCCUUUGAUAAUAAAUUCGCAUUUAAUACGUACAUCGAUCCUGAAGCAUCGAUGACUUCCUAACUGGUAGAUAAACUCUGAGAAUGGUAGCUGCUUUGAAUGAUUCCGAUAGUGAGGACGAGCUGCCACCGGGAUGGGAGGAGAGGACGACGUUAGAUGGAAAUGUCUAUUACGUAAACCACUACACGAAGGGCACGCAAUGGACGCAUCCUCGAACCGGCCGUAAAAAAAUUGUCAACGGAGAUUUACCACCUGGGUGGGAGAAGUGUGUAUCAGACGAUGGCAAAGUUUUAUACAUUGACCAUACAAAUCGCACAACAACCUACACCGAUCCACGAUUAGCGUUCGCCACCGAAUACAGAGAGAUGUCUCAAGUAAUACGACAAAGAUUUGAUGGAAGUAGCACUGCUUUAGCAGUGUUACAUGGCCGAGACCUGCGUAACAAAAUUGCUCUCGUUACAGGAGCUAAUACAGGCAUUGGAUAUGAAACAGCCAGAUCGUUAGCUUUACAUGGUUGCGAGGUAGUGUUAGCUUGUAGAGAUAUGGAGAAGGCAAAUGAAUCUAUAAAACGCAUCCAACAAGAAAAGGAAACUGCAAAUUGUGUAGCUUUAAAAAUGGACCUCACGUCGCUGAGCAACGUGCGAGAAGCUGUUGAACAGUUCAAACAGAAAUUCAAAUUUCUGCAUAUUCUUAUAUUAAACGCCGGCGUGUUUGGAUUGCCUUAUCAACUUACAAAAGAUGGUUACGAGACGACGUUUCAAGUUAAUCACUUGUCGCAGUUUUAUUUGACGCUUUUAUUGAAAGAGACUAUACAAAAUUCUGACAAUUCCAGGGUUGUAGUAGUUUCCAGCGAAUCGCAUAGAUUUUCAUCGAUACAUACUCUAGAAGACCUUCACCAGUUAACUCUGUCUCCGCCAGCGUACAAAUAUUGGGCGAUGGGAGCGUACAACGAAUCAAAGCUUUGUAAUGUUCUCUUCGCGCAGGAACUGGCGCGGCAGUGGCCGUCCGUGAGCGUUUUUUCUUGCCAUCCUGGUAACAUGGUGUCUACAUCCCUAUCGCGUCAUUGGUGGCUGUUCCGAUUGCUGUUUGCUUUCGUACGGCCAUUCACGAAAUCAGUGCAACAAGCAGCGAGCACGAGCGUAUUCUGCGCUACCGCACCUGAGUUAGAAGGUUUAACCGGUAGCUACUUCAACAACUGCUGUCGUUGUCAACCGUCGAAUGCUGGACUAGACCCUGCAUUAGGUGCGCGAUUGUGGACUCUCAGCCAAGAUAUGAUAACAGAUGCUUUAAAAAGGGAGAAGGAUAAUUACGGAGAAAAAUAAAAUUUAUUGUUACUAAUAUAUUUAAUUCAUAUUGUAUAUAAAAAUAUUACAUAUAAUGUAAUUUGUAUACAUUUGUAAAAAACA